AUGCAUACCGAGCUUGAGUUUCCUUAUCCCCAUUUUGCCUUCAUCUAUAUCGAUGAAAAUGGAAAACCGCAAGUCCAUGAGUCGGCCUCAAUCGCAGGCUGCGGCAGGGAAAUCUUCACCCCAAAUGUAACAGACCAGUUUAUGGAGAUGGCCAGUCCAAAUGGACAAAAACCUACCCCAUACAGCACAAGUGAGUCUCUUUGCUAUAGAUUCCCAAAGCACUUGCAAGAGGCGUUAGAUACUCGCAGCAGCUUAGAUAUGAAUCAAAUACCCCAAUCAUCUUGGAACAUGCACGAAAAUCCAGAGUGGAUGUACCCAGCUCAACGAUCUGUCGAACUAAUCCCCUGCGAAUGGCAAUCGCACCAGUCAAGACGCAAACGUCGUGACACCAAGCGUGUAGGGCUGGGCAUGUCGCCGCUAAAGUCAUCAUCCCCGCCUCCUACGCCUGCAAUAGGGUACACGAUUCUCCGCGUCGACUCUCGUGAGUUGCUGCGUCGGUUCUAUGCGAAGGCGUUCGAGGAGUUUCAGCAAUUGAAUUGCCGAUCCAUCGCAAAGUCCUACAUCAAGCUCGUCGAGCCUCGGAAACAAGUCCAUUUCCCGUACAACGGACGCACGACCAUCGCAGGUGUGCCGCAGCGCGUGAAUCCCGAAAUGACCAAGCCUGGUUGGUGGCCUGCUGGAGUUGUGCAUAAAGAGCCGGAUCACCUUUUGAAAAAUGACCGAGUCAGGCUCCUGGUGCAUAUCCUCUGUGAACUCAGAGACAGCCACGGCAUCACAGUCGAGAAGCUCCGGGAGGCCUCCCAGGAAGCCCGCAGGCAUAUCACCCCGCCCAACCGACUGGAGGUUCUGGACGAGAUCUACUUCGUCCGAAGAAUGGAAGAGAAGUAUCUUGACGGGAAAAUUGGCGGAAGCAAGAUGAUCCAAGUCACCAAGACCCACCUCCCCGACGCAGUGUUCUCCGGCGAGGGUCUGCCCAAGGGCGCCUAUUUUGCGCCCAUAAAAGCCUCAGACUCGGCCCACGAGAGCUUCGGGGACGACGGUACCUCCUCAUCCGUCGAUGAUGGCGAGUUAUCAGUCCUGAAGCAAGAUGUUCCCCUGACGCCAACAACGAGCAAUUCGAGCGUAACGCACAGCCCCGCCAAUGAGCUCGGCACUUACCCGAUGGGCAUGAUGCCCAAUGCUCUUUCACAUGGGUCUCCGGUCGAUAUGCGACAAGCAGCGCCGGAACAGAAUUAUUUCAGAGGAUAUUUUUCUCAGCAGUUUGCGCCGGUUGAUAAGGAAGCUGUGUACUGGCCGAACGUGUCGCCUUCGAUUCAAGAUGCCCGGACGUGGAAAUUUCCAAACGGUCACUCUUCUCAGCUCCUGUUGGAGAAGGGAGCUGAGAUCAACGCUCAGGGUGGAUUUUAUGGAAAUGCUCUCAAUGCUGCGUCUUCGGGAGGACACGAUAAGAUUGUGCAGCUCCUGCUAGAGAAGGGAGCUGAGAUCAACGCUCAGGAUGGGCGGUAUGGAAAUGCUCUCAAUGCUGCGUCUUUGGGAGGACAUGAUAAGAUUGUGCAGCUCCUGCUGGAGAAGGGAGCUGAGAUCAACGCUCAGGAUGGGCGGUAUAGAAAUGCUCUCAAUGCUGCGUCUUUGGGAGGACAUGAUAAGAUUAUGCAGGUCCUGCUGGAAAAGGUAGAGGCUGGAAAUACUGUCCAAGCUACCUCUUUAGUAGAAUAA